UACAAAUUGUAAAUUGUAAUCGUUCUUAAUCAUGUUAGAAACUUCCAAAAACACUCUAGAAGAGUUAGAAAUUAGGCAGUUAAAAAAUAGACGAGGUGUCUGUAAGCGAAAAUUAACUGUAUUUAAUAAAUUUAUAGAAAGAAUCGACUCAAGUGCAUUGACGGCCGAAAUAAUUGUAGACAUAAGCUUAAGACUAGAACAAUUACCAAAGUUAUACAAUGAUUUCUCUGAGAUACAGGACCGGAUCGAGACACUGUGCAGCGACGAAGGGGACAUCGAAGCCCACGAGGCCGAGCGUAUGUCAUUUGAGGACACAUUUUACCGACUUAGCGCUAAGGGCAAGCUGCUGGCGAAGGUAGAUACCGAUUCAACACCAAAUGACCAUAGUCCGCAAGCCCCGCCGCAGCAACCCCUCGGAUUUCAAAACCUUCCUAAAGAACCGAGCUGACCGGCUGGAAGCGACCAGCCCAGCAGUACCAUCGGACGCACCCAGCACUUCCAAGAAGGCCAUGGUAACCACGUCCGAACCUAUCAAGGUAACCUCCAAACAGUUUAAAUGUAACCAGUGUCCGUAUUGUUCGAGUACGCAUUAUAUUAAUCAGUGUCCAAAGUUUAGUGCAUUAAACGUUAUCGCGCGCAUCCGAGCCGUGAAUAAAUUACGAUUAUGCUUUAAUUGUUUGUCCGGAACGCAUGUCUUAACAAACUGCAGGGCCAGUACAUGUCGAGUAUGUGAGGGCAAGCAUCAUACGUUACUACACAAACCAAAUACCAACACUCAUGUAGGUAGUAACCCCGUACCAACGCGAUUACCAAUAUCAACGUUAAUCGACGAACAACCGAGUUCUAGUCAAAUCGAGACUACCUUGUCGAAUAACACUUUAAUCGAAAAACAAAUAAACAAUGCGCGAAAUAGGUCAGUUUUCCUUACAACAGCCCAAGUGCUCGUUAGGGAUAAGCAUAACAAUGUGCAUAAAAUGAAGGCAUUUUUAGACAAUGGCUCGCAAGAAAAUUUCAUUACCGAAAACGCGGCCAAAAAGUUACAAUUAAACAAGGAACAACUUGCCUUAAAUGUCAUAGGUUUCAAUGAAAAAGUGUCUAGCCUUUUAGAAUCGUGUGACGUAACAUUGCAUUCCUUAGACGGAACCUUUACAACGAAUUUGUCCUGUUUUAUUACGCCUAUAAUUUGUACUACCAACAUUUUAAUACCAAACGUGCAACGUUGGCACAUUCCGUCGCGUUAUAAAUUAGCUGAUGACGAGUUUAACUUAGCUCAAGAUGUAGAUUUGCUUAUCGGUGGGGAGAUAUUCUUUGAUUUACUUCUUACCGGUAAAUACAAGCUCGGGCCCGGAUUACCGGUUCUGAGACGCUCGCGAUUAGGAUGGAUAGUCACGGGUUCCGUACAAAAAAAAACCGAGUCUGCCAUUCAAUGUAAAGUUACAGUAGAAACUCAAUUAAAAAAGUUUUGGGAAAUAGAGGAGGGUUCCGCACCAAAUUUACCCUAUGAUGAAAAACAAUGUGAGGAUAUAUUUCUGAAAACUCACACUCACAACUCUGAGGGUAAUUUCGAAAUAGAACUUCCAUUAAAGCAGCCACCUACCAAGUUAGGUCAAUCUAGGCACAUAGCAUAUCGGAGGUUCAAAACAUUAGAAUCCAAGUUCGAGCGGAACCCCGAAUUUAAAGAUAAAUAUGUGAAUUUCAUGCGCGAGUUCGAACAAGCUGGCCAUAUGAUUCAAUUACAAGAUAAUUAUGAUGGCCCAUGUAAUUUUCUACCCCACCAAGCUGUUUUUCGCGACUCCCCCUCAACCCCUAUUCGAAUUGUUUUCGACUGCUCAUGCAGAACUGAUAACGGCAUUUCUUUGAAUGAUAUCCAAUACAAAGGCUCAAUAAUACAGGACGAACUCAUAAAUAUACUUCUACGAUUCCGAAAAUACCAAUAUGUUAUUAACGCUGACAUACAAAAAAUGUACAGAUGUAUUUAUGUUAAACCAAAUCAACAAUACCUACAAUGCAUAUUUUGGCGGGAAAAUACUCACCAACGACUCCAAAUUUAUAUGCUGACCACAUUAAGUUUCGGCUUAAAGUCAGCACCACAUAUUGCAACCAGAUGUUUGUUACAAUUGUCAAACGAAAACCAACACACAUUUCCAGCAGCUGCAGAGGCCAUAGCGAACCAGUUCUACAUGGACGAUUUUAUCGCCGGCGGCGACGACGAGAAUCAGGUAGCUGAAACUGCAUCACAGGUGAACGAGAUCCUGCGGGGAGCCAACUUCACGCUGCGGAAAUGGAAGUCCAAUUCCGAAGUCAUCAUAAAACGGGUGAGCGAAACACACACACACCAAAACACACACACAACCGAAUUUGGAGAUAAAACACAUAAGGUCCUGGGUUUAGCGUGGUCUAGUGACUCAGAUGAGCUUAUGUAUACCAUUAAAGAAAACCAAAUUUCACACCCAAUCACCAAAAGAAAGGUACUAGGGGUAAUUUCGUCCAUUUUCGACCCCCUAGGCUUGACGGGACCAGUAAUUGUAGUAGCCAAAAUAUUUAUUCAAAAAUUAUUUAAGGCUCAAUUAGAUUGGGAUACCGAAUUAACACAAGACUUGAUCCAAGAAUGGAACACAUUCUAUCGAGACUUGUUUUUAUUAAACCAAUUGAAAAUUUCGAGAUGUACAGUCAUACCCAAUUAUGUAACGAUACAAAUUCAUGGGUUCUGUGACAGUAGUAUUAAAGCCUAUGGCGCUGCCAUCUAUAUACGAUCAAGCGAUAGAGUAGGAAACGUACAAGUUCACCUACUUUACUCAAAAUCAAAAAUAAGUCCAAUACAACCCCAAACUAUUCCAAAUUUGGAACUUUGUUCCAGUUUACUGCUCGCGACACAUGUCGACAAAAUAAAACGAGCAUUAAAAUGUGACGUUUCCGGAAUCAACCUGUGGUCAGAUUCAAAAAUAACAUUAUGUUGGAUAAAAAAUAGUAACCCUAAAUUAACUUGUUUUGUUAGUAACAGAGUCACAAAAGUAUUAUCACUUACAAACAAGCACGAGUGGUCAUGGGUCCGCUCGGAGGAUAACCCCGCCGACCUUUUGUCCCGAGGGGUAGCACCAGGCAAGCUGGAAACCAACCAGUUAUGGUGGUCUGGGCCGGCGUGGUUGACCCAAAGUCCAAAACUCGAACAAUUAAUCCAAAUAAUAAAUUAUCAGGACCAUUGUCCGUAGAAGAAUUAAAAAAAUCGGAUCACGCAUUAAUUAGACAUGCACAAAUGGAAUCAUUCCCACACGAAUAUAAAUUAUUGCAAAACAAUAAACCGGUUCUUAACAAAUCAAAAAUAUUAUCUUUACACCCAUUCAUGAAGGACGGACUCGUUCGCGUAGGCGGACGAAUCGGUCUUUCGCAUUAUGCAUAUGAAAAAAAACAUCCUUUAAUAUUAAGUCACGAGCACGCGCUUACCAAACUACUGAUGGCAAACGCACAUAUACGUACUCUGCACGCUGGCCCUCAGUUAUUACUUUCAACUAUUCGCGAGCGCAUCUGGCCAACAAAAGGUAGGAUGUUAGCCUCGAAAAUUGUAAAUAAAUGCGUUCCGUGUUUUAGAGCAAAUCCAAAGACUACUAACCCUAUAAUGGGAAACUUACCCCCCUCAAGGGUAAAUCCUUCCCCCCCCUUUGCUAUCACGGGUAUCGAUUAUGGAGGACCUUAUAACAUUAGAGAUAGGACAGGGCGUGGUUACAAGGUCUCUAAGUGCUAUAUAGCAGUGUUUAUUUGUUUUGCAACAAAGGCAAUUCAUCUCGAAUUAAUUACAGGGCUCGAGUCAGCCAAUUUCCUGGCGGCGCUGCGACGAUUCAUCGCCAGGAGAGGUAAACCGAAGGAGUUGGUGAGUGACAAUUCAACAACCUUUCAUGGGGCUAGUAACGAGCUAAAAGAUUUACAAAAAUACCUACAGGACAGCUCGAGCGAGCUAGUAUCUCAUUGCGCAGACGAGGGCAUAAAAUGGAGUUUUAUUCCUGUCUAUACACCUCAUAUGGGGUCCCUAUGGGAAUCUAGUAUAAAACUUACCAAAUAUCAUUUAAAAAGAGUGUUAGGGUUAUCUUUGUUAACUUACGAACAAUUUGUAUCAAUCCUAUAUCAGGUAGAAUCUAUGGUAAAUUCUAGGCCACUAUGUCCCUUACCUAGUUCAAAUCCUGACUAUCCUGUCCUUACGCCAGCUCACUUUUUAAUUGGAAAAGCACCAAAUUCACUUCCGGACGAAGAUUAUAACCAUGUACCAAAGAACCGAUUAACUCACUAUCAACUUUUGCAACAAAUCACGCAGGACUUCUGGCGGCGCUGGUCACGUGACUACAUCGGAACGCUGCAGGAACGCACGAAGUGGAGGAGCGCGCGCGGCCCAAGCCUCGCAGUCGACACCGUCGUCCUGGUACGAGACGAGCGUCUGCCGCCCUGCCGGUGGAGGCUGGGCAAGAUCGUCGCGACGCAGCCGGGCCGGGAUGGCGUCACCAGGGUGGCCGUCAUCCGAACCGCCAGAGGGGACAUCCAACGCGCGUUCAAUAACAUUUGUCCAUUACCUACUUCGGGUGAAGUCAUAUAAGUAGUAAAUACCUACCAACAGUACCAACCUAAUGUAAAGUUCAAAUAAUUAUAACUAAGUGUCUAAUAAGUAUAAUUAAGUACCUAAAUUACCUUACUUACCUAGUACCUAUGUACAUAAUUAGAAUACCUACUCCCUAUUUAAAAUAAAAAUCAUUUC